AUGGCCUUAAAGGCGUUGUCCCAAGGCUUUCUGUUGGCCUUUCUUCUCCGACCCACUCGCCUCGUGGGGCUUUCUGAGGAGCUUGCGUUGGGAGUUGUAGGUGGCUGGACAGCCUACAGUGAGCCGGAGGAGUUGGUCGCCGUCAUUGCAGCCUUCUUGGAUUACCAAAAGGGUUUCGAUGCAGCUUUGCAGCUACGGCUCGGCCCGCCAAUCAUAGAGAUCCCUGGAGGCAUCCAUGAAAAUGCCUCCAUCGAGCUGCGCAUCGGAACCACGCAUCUGCAACCGGAUGUCGGCCUUGCCUCGGCGCUAGACAUGAUGUUAGGUCUCGAUGGAGCACUACCGGUCGUUGGGCUGGUAGGGGCGCAGCUGUCCUCCGUUAGCAUGCCCAUCGCCACGCUGGGAGGCGUGAGGGGAGUCCCUCAGGUGUCCAUGUCCUCCACGAACCAGGACUUGUCCAACAAGGACUCCUUCCCUUACUUCUUACGCACCAUCCCGCCGGAUAGUAUCCAGGCUGCUGCUUUGUGGACAUGGGUCUUACACUUCGACAUUGCGCUGGCGACCUGCCUCUAUUCCGCAGAAGUCUACGGACAAGGGCUAUUCACGGAGAUCCAGGACCUCGCGCGAAGCAGUGGCCAACCAGACCGCAUGCAGGGAAAAGGUCUGCGACACAUGCCAUCGGAAUUCGCCACUGAAGAAGCUCGGGCUGUUCUCAGAGACGUCAAGAUGAUGGGCUCUCGUUUUCUGAUCAUAACGAUGGAUGGGGCAAUGAUUCCUGGCAUGCUCUCCCUCUUGCAUGAAGAAGGAAUAUUCGGGCCAGGGUGGCAGGCUGUCGGCUCUGACAAUUUCUAUGCGUACCAGGGGCUCAACCUUCCAGUGGGCUUCAUGAUGUGCAUGGCUGCAACCAGGGGUCCAAAGUUCCCGGAACUGCUCAAGAUGUGGUCUCGUCUCGGUCCAGAUGACAUCGUGGGAGCAGACGCAGUGCAACGAUAUUCUCUAGACCGCAUGAGAAUGCCACUUGACAGGGAAGACUUGGUGAACCUGAUGUCACACGGAGCUCCUGGAAUACCCAGCGGGUGGUCUGCGCUAGCUUUCGAUGCCGUAUACACCUUCCUUGUUGCCAUCAACCAGCUACUGCACAAAGGGGUGCCUCGCAGUGAGAUCCGUGGGGAAGUGCUGCUGCAAGAGUUGCGCAGGACAAGCUUCACGGGCAUUUCGGGGUCUGUGAGUUUCAACGAGAAUGGAGAUAGACUGGGAGCCUAUGAACUACUGAACGUCGUGCAGGGAGAUCCUCGCGAAACUGUCAGGGUGGCGGUGUUCAGCGCUUCUACAUCGGAGUUCUUCUUCGAGAAGUCCCUGGUGUGGAUGGAUGGUUCCACGGGGGCUACACCCCCGGAUCGUCUUUACUCUUGUGACCCUGGCUUUUACAAGGAGGAGCAGUCCAAACAGUGUAGGGCAUGCCCCAAAGGCAUGAAAUGCCUAGGGGGCUUCAAUGCCACGUCGACCGCCUGUCCCCGGGGUACUUUUGCCAGAGACACAGGCCAAUCUGCGUGUGUUCCAUGCGCCAAAGGAUUCUUUGCCCCGGACACAGGUCUGUUCGAAUGCAGCCCGUGCCUUCCCGGCUACGAGGCACCGGACGAGGGCAUGGAGGCUUGCAACAGGUGUGAGAUCGGUUGGUACUCUGCCUUUUCUGGGCAAGCGCGCUGCUCCCCUUGUGGAAGGGGCCAGAUUACCCGGGAAAGCGGGGCGGUGAAUUCGUCAGAGUGCCUCUGCGGUUCAGGCUCCUUCAUGUGCGGCGAGACUCUUAGACUCAGAGCUGUGAAAGCUGUUUUGUGCCAAGAAGGCCUGGGCCCACCUGUGCAACUUGCCGGCUUUUGGACAAAGGACUCUUCUAUGGGCUGUGAGUUUUCCGUUCUUCGCUGUCGCAAUGCGAGAGAGUGUCCCCAAGCAGCACUUGGCACCUGCGCCGACGGAAGAGGAGGAAUUGCUUGCAAUAACUGCAAAGCAAGGCAUUAUCCAAGGGAGAAUGGUACCUGCCUACCCUGCGGUGAGACAGACGCCGUGCCCGGAGUCAUAGCCUUCAUUGCAAUUCCGAUUGCCUUGCUGCUCCUGAACAUGUUGAAAGUCGAGCCGAGCCAGGACUUCAUCCGUAUCACGUGCAUCUACGGAACGGAUAGCCCCGUGCUGAAGUUUGCAAGCCGACUGCUUGCUUGCCCUUUGGCUUGUGCCUGCCUUCUUUUCAGCUGGUGUUUGUCAAAGAUGCUGGGACGCCCGAAGCCGCUGGACACAGUGCUGAACCUCUGUGGCCUCUUGAUCUUCGCCUUCUACUUGUCGAUCGCUAGCUCCCUGGUAGUUCCCUUUCAAUGUGCUCCAAAUCCAGAUCAGACGGCCUCGAUGGUCUCCGAUCCAGGCAUUGCUUGUUACAGCUCUGACGAGCACGCAGCUCUUGUUGCUUUAGCAGUGUGUGGACUGCUCAGCCAACCUCUUGCAUUCCUGGCCGUGGCUACCUAUGCAACCGUCAUGUACCCGUGGCGGGUCGGAAGUGGCCGGGGGCUUCGCUUGAUGAACCGGUAUCGCUUCUUGUUCCACCGGUUCAAACCGGAGAGGUAUAAACACGGCCUCUUUCUCCUCUACCGAAACAGUAUCGUGGCCCUCUUACCCGUCGCUGUGGACGUGCCAGAGAUCCAGGUGCCGGUCAUGGGCACCAUCCUCCUUGCCAGCUUAGCGCUGCAAGCCCGGACGUUUCCCUGGCGCACGGAGCAGGCGAACCACGUGGACCUGGCAUUGACGGGGCUGUUGAUUAUUGUGCUACUGGGCGCUGCGCCCCUCCUGAAGCUCAACGAAACAGAGUCCUCGCUUUCGCUGGGCAUUUUCUUAUGCAUACCCGUGGUGAUGAUCCUGGUGGUAGCCUUGCUGGGAAUUCUGCGAGCAAUCGUAAAUCAUUUUCGGAAGCGGUGUCUCUACGGCAUCUUUUUAUGCCACCACAAGGGUGGCGCUGGAAGCCUUUGUCGGCUGAUGAAGCUCUUGAUUGCACGACACAGCCCGAUAAGGGUCUUCUUGGAUUGUGACCAGCUGGAAAACUUAGACUACCUCUUUGACAUCGUGCGCACCGAAACAAAGAGCGUGGUGGUCGUCCUAACGACGAAGUGCGCCGGUGAAAUCACCACAGCAUGGAAAAGCAACAUCACGACGGUGCCGUUGCAAUGCGACGGUUUCAAAUUGCUCGACGAGGAGGCAUUGAAGCUUAUUCCGACAAUGUGGACACCGCAGCAAAAACAGGUCCUUGCAAACUACGGGGUGGCAUUGGGCGAUGUCAUGUCUGCGUACGUCUGGUUGCAGCAUAACCUGCCACAUCUGCAGAUGCCUCGCUCUGGACCGGUCUGGCCGCGUGAGGAGGUGGUGCGGGAAAUACUUGGUCGUUGCGGAGUCCUCUCUAUCGGAAGAAGGACAGCAUAUAUGCUGCAAGCAUCUUCGCGCAGCAGUCUCGCACAGGCAAGGGCCCGGAUUCUCAUCAUGAGCUCCGUCAGCGAUCCAGAGAUUUUGUCUUCCUGUGAGGUGCUGCAGCUCAUGCUACAGGCCCAUCUGCGGGUGGAGUGUGCUGUGGUCUAUGGCCGCCGUCAGAUGUCAAGCUGGAAGCCUUUUGCCUACUACCUGGUCGUCGUCCUUUUCCGGGGCAUUCUGAAUGACUAUGUCUUCCGCCGGACUUUGACGCAGGCCUUGGCACCAUCGAAACGGACAUUGGAGGUCCUGACGCUCAUUGCGGAUCCACAGUUCGAGUUUCCAAACCUGGACGAGCUCGGAGAGGAAGAAGAGGAGGUCUACGAUGCGGCCACUGGCAGCGACCGAACUGCCACUGACAGCGAGCAAGCUGCGUUUCGGCAGCAGCAAGUCCAGGCCUUGCGGAGCCUCGUGACAGUCCUGGCCCUGCCAUUCUCCCCCCUGGCAUCGGAAGGUUUGCAGCAAAAACAGGUUGCUGAGAUUGCUGGACGGAUACACCGCUACAAGGAUCCUGCAGCUGCUGCUUGGCGAGAUGAGGCGGACGACAAACUCACAGAAGCGAGCUUACAGGCCGUUGCUGGAGUGGGUCGGCUGGGAUCCAUGGUUAGCUGCUACUCCCAGGUCACAGCUCCAGAUGGCACAGAGUCCAUCGUCCCGGUCGAAAGCAUCGAGAGCAUUCGCAGCAUGCAGCCGAAUCCAGACCAGUCGUUCUCCGUGUGA